UCCACCAUCAGGCACUCUGCUGACUCUCGAUCCCAGAGGCGAUGGAACUCAAGUGUCAACUUGAGAUGCUCCUUCGACUGGGUUUUAUUAAACCCAGUAACUCCCCUUGGGGUGCACCCGUCCUCUUUGCUCGCAAAGCGGACGGAACUCUUCGCCUUUGCAUUGACUACCUUGGCCUUAACCGUUACACGAUUAAGAACAACUAUCCCAUGCCUCUCGCGGAUGAGUCGUUUGACCGUUUGGUAGGCAACCGCUUCUUUACGAAGAUCGAUCUUCGUAGCGGUUACCACCAGAUCCGCGUAGCCAAAGAGGACCAGCCAAAGACCGCCUUUCGGUCGCACUUCGGCCACUACGAGUUCACGGUGAUGCCACUUGGCUUCACCAAUGCACCUGCCACCUUCCAGACGACGAUGAACGACAUCUUCAGGGACAUCCUCGAAGAAUACGUUCUUGUAUACCUGGAUGACAUUCUGGUCUACAUUCGUACCUUAGAAGACCAUGUCAGACACCUCCGCAAUGUCCUACAGCGCUUAUGCAAGCAUGGCUUCUAUGCCAAGCUUAGCAAGUGUCGCUUUGCCCAGAGCAAAGUGGACUUCCUAAGACACUAUGUGUCUAACCAGGGUCUCCACAUGGACGACGCAAAGAUCACUGUUAUUGCAGAGUGGCCCGUUCCCACAUCUGUCAAGCAGCUUCGCAGUUUUCUAGGCCUCACUAGUUACUAUAGUAAUUUCAUCCGGGGAUACACUAGGUAUUCCUACAUCCUUACCUCCACCCUCCUCCAGAAGAACCCGCCGUCGUUUUGGACACCCCUGUGCGAGGACGCCUUUCGUGCCCUCAAGAAGGCGGUGACUGGUGCGCCGGUUCUUCGCCUCCUCGAUUUUGAUCGCCCCUUUAUCAUCACCACCAAUGCGUCAGAUUUUGCAGUAGGAACUGUCCUCUCUCAGGUGUUUCCCUCUCCUCUGGAUUCAUCUUAUCCCCAUGUUCCUCCUUUCCCCCCCCCUCCUGUUGACACUGCUUCUCGAUUGACGCCUACCCUCCCACCACUUCCCUUCACUGACAAUCCUCCCGUUACCUACUCCCUGACCAUCGCAGAGGAUGGGACUAUCGAGGCUCGUGCUGGGGAUUGCCCGAUCGCCUUCUACUCCUAUCAGCUACUGCCUGCCGAGAUAAACUACACUGUCGAUGAACGUGAGGCUGUAGCAAAGUUCCAUGACCAGGCAACCGCCGGUCACAUGGGCUUUCACAAGACAUUGGCUCGUGUUUGCCGCCUCUACCUCUGGCCGAAGUCCAAGGACUUCGUCAAAGCCUACAUCCAGGACUGUCCUACCAGCCAGGAGGUGAACAGUGCGAACCACCUUUCGUAUGGGUUACUUCAGCCCUUACCCAUACCCGAGGGUCGUUGGCAGUCCAUCUCGAUGGAUUUCAUUGGUCCCCUCUGCCCACCCACUGAGCGUGGUCAUGAUGCUAUCUUGGUCGUCAUCGAUCGCUUCACGAGGCGUGCACGUUUUGUCCCGUGCCACUAUCGCAUUAGCGCUCGUGAGGUCGCCAACAUCGUCUUCGACCAAGUCGUGAGAGAUCACGACUUACCUCAGAGCAUCAUCUCCUACCGUGACCCGUGCGUUACCAGUACAUUCUGGCGACGCCUACACGAGGUGUACGGAUCCCAGCUCCGCUUCUCAUCGUCUUACCACCCUCAGACGGAUGGUCAGACUGAGGUCACCAAUAAAACUCUCGGUAAUAUCCUCCGAAAGUUUGUUAGGGAUGACCAACAGUGGGACUUACACUUAGCCCACGUGGAGAUUGCGUACAACCACACUCUUUCGCCAGCCACAGGGAUGUCGCCAUUCUAUUGCGACCUCGGCUACCACCCUCGUGUACCCGAGGACUUCCUACGACGAUCGCGGUUGUGCCCAGACACUCGUUGUCCUGCCCUUGACGACCGGAUCGCCCACAUGGCGAUGAUUAUGAAGCGAGCACACGAGAGUCUAGCCGACUCCCAGACCCGCAUGGUCGCACGAGCAAACCGAUCACGAAUGGAUCAUCCAUUCAAAGUCGAUGACGACGUGCUCAUCGACGCACGCCACUUGCAGCUCAAAGCGGAUACGCUUCGCAAGUUCAGGCGUCGUUUCUUCGGUCCAUGCUGCAUCCUUCAGGCCGUCGGUUCUGAUACUGUCGCUAGUCCGGUCAGCUUCCGUGUGAAGCUACCUGAUUACCUUCGACGGACUCGCGUACACGAUGUUUACCACAUCUCCUUGCUGCGUCCUUAUCGCAGACCGUCAGAGUGCUUCGCCGGACGUCCUUAUGAGCACCCUCCACCUAUCAUGGUGGACAGUCAUGAGGAGUUCGUUGUUUCCGACAUCGUAUCUCGCCGAGUUACCGACGAUACCCCUCCACGCAUCGAGUACCUUGUGCGUUGGAAGGGUUACCCUGAUGAGGAGGCUACUUGGGAGCCCCUCGAGCACUUGCAGCACGCUCAGAUGUUGGUGCGUGCAUAUGAUCGUGCUCGUCGUGCUGAGACAUCUGCUCCUACUCAGCCGACUGACCCUCUUCCUCCUCCUUUGGCUGAGGAGAUCGCUGAGGACGAGCCCGCUCCCUCUGAGGCCGUUCGUCAGCAGCGGAUGGACGCCUCUGCGCGUCCACCUUGCACUCGUCGACGGCCCCGGCGUCUUGACGAUUAACACUUUGAUCACGUACUAUCUCCCUACUGACUCACACCAUGAGGUACUCCAUCAUCAACUUCUUCAAGAUGCCAGCAUUUUGCGGCUCUGCUUCGACAUCG